AUCGCCAUUCCGCGUCGGUAAAGACUAAAGAGUGCUAAAAACUCUGCGCCGCGUGUCCGAUUCAGUCGAGGGGUCGAACGAAUCUGAUCUCCGGAUCGCCGACGGGAGCUAUUAAUGGCGUACUUGCUGAACACUCUCACAAGGAAGCGAGAGGUGGAUUCCGUCAUCAGAGACACCAUCGACAAGGUCCUCGUCCUUCGCUUUGGUCGCGCCUCCGACGCCGUCUGCCUCCAGCUCGAUGACAUCCUCGCGAAAUCCGCGAGGGAGGUGUCCAAGUUCGCGGUGGUUGCGCUCGUGGAUGUCGAUUCGGAGGACGUGCAAGUCUACGUCAAGUACUUUGACAUUACUCUGAUUCCGUCCACUGUUUUCUUUUUCAACGCGCACCAUAUGAAGAUGGACUCCGGCACUGCAGAUCAUACAAAAUGGGUUGGUGCGUUUCACAGAAAACAAGAUUUCAUUGAUGUCAUGGAGGCCAUUUACCGGGGUGCCAUGAAGGGCAAGCUUAUUGUGAACUGUCCCCUUCCACCAGAGAGAAUACCGAGAUAUCAGUUGCUGUACAAAGACAUAUAAAGAGCACAUUUCAUUUCAUCUGUGCCUUUUACUUGUGUUGUGCAUAUGAAAGUUCGCAUGACCCACCUACGUUCUUGGUUUAUGAAUUGCAACUAACAUUCACUUCAUCUUGAUUGUCUUACUGCUCUUGAUAGCUUUGCUUUUCUUGCACAAUCUUCC